AUGCCUCCCGUAAAUGGCGGAAAUGGUACUACCCAUUCGUGGACGUCUUUGCCUCGGGCGAUGUCCACGGCGGUAUCCUCUCUUAACAAGUCCUUGGACAAGGAUCCUCAAUGGCAAGCAUUUGUCGACACCAAAGCCAUCUUUGAAUCUGUGACAAUGGGCGUGCAAAGUCUCGGAGGCGACGAGGCUAUUCUCGUCACCGUGUCCCCCGGCGCCAAAACGUCAACUUCGACCGGCUCUCCUUCCAAAGCAGACUUUGUUCUUCGAGCACAGCCCGAACAGUGGGAGAAAUUCUUUGCUGCCGCCCCUGUUGCUCCCUAUACCAGCUUUGUCGGUUUGCAGGGCAUGAAUAUCGUCCAAGAAGGAGUCGGUGUUGACGGGAACCAAGUCAAGUUCGCUCAGUACUGCCACUUGGCCACCCGUCUCCUCGAACUCCUUCGAGAGGGCCAGAACGGGCCCUUGAAGGAAGACGAACAACCCGAGUCGGAUGAAGACCACCUCACAGGCAAAUACAUCUACAUCAACGCACCCGUCUGGGGCCGCACAAAGGUCUUUUACGAGACUUCUGGCAACGGACCUCAGCAAGUCGUGUUCCUGCAUACCGCUGGAAGCGACAGCAGACAAUAUCACGGCGUGAUGAACGAUGCCCGCAUGCGCGAGAAAUGCACCAUGGUCGCUUUUGACUUGCCGGCUCAUGGGAGGAGCUUUCCGGGUAGCAAUCACAUCCCAGGAAACCAUACGAACAAUGAGGAUGCGUACGUUGGUACCAUCCGGGAAAUGAUCAAGGCGUUGAAGCUCAACAAGCCUAUCGUGUGCGGAGCCAGUAUGGCUGGCCAAGUAUGCGUCGCUGUCGCGAUCAGGGCCGAGGAAGUCGGUGCCGGAGGCACCAUUCCUCUCCAGGGCUGCGACUAUUUGACCAUGGAUCGACAGUUUAAUGACAAGAGUCCUGUGUGCAAUCAAGCGUUGUUCAACCCGGAUUGGGUAUACGGCAUGAUGGCGCCUCAGAGCCCCAAGGUCAACAAGCUGCUCAUCUGGCAUCUGUACUCCGGGCAAGCGUACGGCAUAUUCCACGGCGACUUGGACUUCUACUUUGGCGGCUUCGACGCCCGCGACCGCGUCGCUUCCAUCGACGUCAAGAAGUGUCCCAUCUACUUCCUCACCGGCGAGUAUGACUGGUCCACGACGCCUGAGAUGUCUCAGGCCACGGCGAAGAAGAUUCAUGGCGCCAACUUCAAGGCCAUGAAGGGCCUGGGCCACUUCCCUGCCACGGAGGAUCCGCAGAAAUUCGUAAGUUCAAACACAACCCCCUAG